UCAGCAAAAACAGCAACCAAAAACAUGCUCAGAUCACUCUCACUUAAUUAGCUACCAUCUUUGUGGUUCAUUCUGGUAACCAUGGAAGCUCUCCCUCUUCAUCACUGCAAACUUCACAAAUGGCAGGCCUUCAUCCACAGAAUCCAUGCCUUCAUCCACUCCAUAGCUUUAAUCUCCAUCAUUUACUACAGGCUUUCUUCCAUCUUUCUCCCCGCCGCUUUACCUUGGCUUUUGGUUUUCGUUUCUGAGAUCUUCCUGUCCCUUCUCUGGCUCUUCUGCGCCGCCUUUACAUGGCGGCCGGUCUCCCGGACCGUCUUCCCGGAGAGGCUGUCGCCGGGAGAUGAGCUUCCGGCUAUUGACGUCUUUGUCUGCACCGCUGACCCCAAGGCGGAGCCGCCUUUGGGGGUGAUGAACACCGUUUUGUCUGUCAUGGCUCUGGACUACCCGCCGGAGAAGCUCUCGGUUUAUCUUUCCGAUGACGGCGGCGCUUCCGUAACGCUGCGCUCCCUCCGGGAGACGCGGCGGUUUUCCCGGGCUUGGGUCCCGUUCUGCCGGGAGUUUGGGGUGGUGAAUAGGUGCCCGGAGGCGUUUUUUGCAGAGGCUCAUGAUAGUAGUAGUGUUGAGUUUUUAGAUGAAAAAGAGAGAAUUAAGAGGGAAUAUGAGAGAUUCCGGGAGCGGUUGAGGGUAGUCGGAGAAGAAGAAGAAGAUGCGACUAUUGGAAAUGGCCAAAAUCACCCUCCUUCAAUCGAGGUAAUAGGUGAAGGUCAAAGCGGCAUUGACGCAGCAAAUGGUAGUAAAGUUGAGGUGCCUCUUGUUGUGUAUGUUUCCCGUGAGAAAAGACCAUCAAGCCCUCAUCAUUUCAAAGCCGGAGCUCUCAAUACUCUGCUUCGAGUGUCUGGAUUGAUAAGCAACUCUCCUUACAUAUUGGUAUUAGACUGCGACAUGUACUCCAAUGACCCUUCUUCAGCUCGCCAGGCAAUGUGCUUCCAUCUUGAUCCUACCAUCUCUUCUUCACUAGCUUUUGUUCAGUUCCCCCAGAAGUUUCACAAUCUUAGCAACAAUGACAUCUACACUUCUGCCUUGGCCACCUUCUUCGAGGUCAAGUGGAGAGGCAUGGAUGGACUUAGAGGACCAGUUUUGUCUGGGACAUGCUUUUACAUUAAGAGGAAGGCACUAUACGGGAUGACUAUAACACCAAAAGAGACAGAUGUAGACAUUACUAAGCUCAGAGACUCUUUUGGUCCUUCUUCAUAUCAGUUCACAAGUUCACUUACAAGAAGCAGCAUCAAUGGCAACACAGACUUGGUGGAUUCAUUGCUCAAAGAGACAGAAUCUGUAGCCUCUUGUGCUUAUGAGAAAGACACACAAUGGGGUAAAGAUAUUGGUUUCAUGUACAAUUCAGUGGUGGAAGAUUACGCGACAGGGUUUAUGUUGCACUGUAGAGGGUGGAGCUCUGUUUUCUGCAACCCUGCCCGGGCGGCAUUCUUGGGCAGCGCCACCACAAACUUGAAUGACACAUUGGUUCAGGGCACAAGAUGGAAUUCUGGUUUGCUAGAUUGUUUGCUUUCAAGAUUCUGUCCUCUCAUUUAUGGGCUACCCAGAAUGCCCAUCCUUGACUGCUUUUGUUACGCUUAUCUUGCGGCUCAGCCUCUCUACUGCUUACCAGCUUGGUGUUUAGCUGUUGUGCCUCAGCUGUGUCUGUUAAAUAACCUCCCAAUAUACCCUAAGGUUUCGAGUCCAUGGUUCAUGAUAUACGCUUUCGCCUUCAUCUCUCCCCUAGCAAAGUACUUAUGGGAUGUUGUCAUCAGCGGCGGAACAACCCAGACAUGGUGGAACGAGUGGCGAAUGUGGAUGAUAAAGUCCAUAACAGCUUAUUUCUAUGGCAGCCUAGACGCAGUUAUGAAGCUGAUUGGUAUCAGGAAAGCCAGCUUCAUACCAACCAGCAAAGUUGUGGAUGAAGAGCAGCUGAAUAGGUACCAAAAGGGCAUAUUCGAUUUCCAGGCAUCGCCUAUUUUUCUUGUCCCCUUAGUAACCUUAACCAUGCUAAACAUGUUGGCCUUAACCUCGGGAAUUGCGAAAGUGUUGGUGGUAGGAAGGUUAAGGUUGUUGGAUGAGUUUUUUGGCCAAGUUUUUGUGUCGUUCUUCAUCUUGCUGGUGAAUUAUCCGAUAGUUGAAGGAAUGGUGUUUAGGAAGGAUAAGGGGGGAAUUUCACUUCGUGUUACUAUGUUGUCUGCUCUACAUGCUGUAGUUGUCGUUACUCUUAGCUUUAUUUGUUUCUUGCCCGUAAAAGACAGAAUCUCUCACCCGGCUCGAUAAGAUUUGUAGAAGUGAGAAAGUAUCCACAAUAAGUGUAUAGUAGCUCCUAUUCUACCACUGUUAAGACUAAAUUUUGUGUACUUGCUAAUAAUCUGUUACUCACAAA